UGAAUUUUUGUUUAAUUUCCUGAAUUUAUUUUAUUUGUUUUAUUUUAUUUAUUAAAUAAUUAUUUUUUGAAAAAAACCUGACACAUCAUCUUUUUACCUGUACAACCGGUCAACUUUUUACUUUAGAGUAUUUUUGUGAUAUUAAUGUCAUUUUGAAGGUUAAAAAUGUUAGUGAAAAAAACUUCAAAGUUUAAAGUGUAAGUAAGUGACACUUUAAGAGUGUUUUAUGCGAUUUUCCCAUUUAUAAACUCAUCCUAUUCUUUAGAAACAUUUUCUGAAACAUAUAUAAAAAUUAUGGAAAUUGAGAUAUAUUUAUAUUUAUAUAUAUAUAUAUUUGAAAAAAAUAGUUUCAAAAGAUUUCAAAUCAUUUUUUUUACAUCAUUUCAAAUCAUUUUUAUUGAACUUCAUCAAUGAUUUUGUAAGUUAUAGAUGAAUUUCUAAUUGAUAUGGUAGAUUAAGCAGUCUCGAUUAGAUUUAUAUGUCUCUGAAAUUAAUCUUUCAUAUUAUUUUUAUUUGUUUCAAAUGUAAUUUUAAUCCAAACAAAAAACUUCUAACUUAUCAGUUUAUUAUUCAUACUAAACACUUAUUCAAAGCUGACAUAAAAUCAUCAUCACCAUCGAAUAAAAUCAAAAGAAAACAAAACCUUUGCUUUUCUAUAAUUUUAAAUAUUAUCCUUCACUUGGAAAGAAAACAAUAUGAGAAAAGCAGAUGGGAAUAUUCUUGUACAUGAAAGCCACAACUUGCGCUUUGUAUUGUAACUUGGGAGGUUGGUGUUGCUUCCAAGCCUAUAUUUUUUUUUUUUUUUUUGCUAAAUUGUAAAUAUCAUAGAUCAAAGAAAGAUUUUACAGAAUAAGGAUUUUAGUUUUGAACCACUUUGGUAAAAAGGAAUAAAAACAAGAUGGAUCAACAUAUAACCUAGAAGAGGCUUGAAAGGUUUGUUGUGUCUCCUGGAAGAAAUGAUAUUUUUUAUCUUCAUGUUGAUUGCCUGAAACACAAUGGAUGGUGGCACCGCCUUCUGAUUGUGAACCAAGUUAUUUCUCUGCUUCCAAAUGUGGUAGAUAAGCGAUUGCGCAGCGACCUUCCUCAGCAGAGUGAUCUUACAUAUCUUCUUAUCAAAAAAAUUGUUUGGUUUAUAAAGUUACAGAAACAAACACUAACUCAUUUGUGUGUUUGGUUUAUAAAGUUAAAGAAACAAACACUAACCUAUUAAACUGUGUUUAGUUUACAAAGUUAUGGAAACAAACAUUGCGUGACUGGUAACCAUCGAGAAACAUUAGGAAUUAAUAGAAAAAUAACGAAUAUGAAUAAAAUUUUGGAAAUGAUGAGGAAUGAAAGUUUUUUAUCAAAAUUAACAAGAAACGUAGUUGCAUUAUAAUUUUCUACAAAAAAGGAAUGAAAAGUAAUGAAAAGAAAAAAAUAUUUCUCAUGAAUGAUAAUCUUUUAAAAAAACAUUAAAGAAUGUAGUGUUCAUCUUAAUGUCCUUGGUUACCAUUCAAACUCAUUUAAUUUCCUUUGGUUUAUAAAGUUACAAAAACAAAUACUAACACAUUUCAUACACAAUUAGAACAACUGUAGAAGAAUCAGUUAUAUACUCAUUGUCAACUUCACUAUAAUAUGGAUUCAAGAAUUUAAGUUCUUUCACUUUGUAUCCUCAUAGAAAGGACAAGAAGAAUGAAAAAUUGAGGAUGUCACUAUAGUGGAUAACUAUGUCAGGACUCAUGAUGAGUAACUAACAUUUUAUACUCCUAACUAUUAAACUAUAAAGAUCCGUUAGAUGGAUAACUUGUUCCACCAGUCGAGCCCUCUUUCGGAUGCACACGCAUGUAUGUAUACAAGAUGUUAUACACCACUACAAGUAUACGUAUAUGUGCAUAUAUACAUACAUACAGCAACACAAGUUAACAGAGAAUGUUGUAAUAGAGAGAUAUUCUAAUUGCUUUGAGACCACCGCAUAAAAGAGACAUUUCCUCCUCAUUCACUUCCCUCAACGCACAAAUUUGCAGACUUUCCGAGAAGAAAAACAAAAGUUUAAUAACUAAAAAUAAAAAAGGGAAUUUUCACCGUCAAUUCUCUGAAGGAAAAUAUUGUCCGAUCAUUCUUUUCAUAUCCCUCUUUCUUCAUUGCUCUGAUCAGACAUCAAAACCAAACAAAGAGAAACCACUUGGGGCUGUCUGUAAAAUUCCAGAGAUCAUAAAUGGAUGCUACAACUAGUGGAACUCAAUCUUUACAUUGUCAUAACUUACCAGAUCAACCAGUUUCCUCUGCUGCUGCUUCUCCUCCUGUGACUCCAUUUCAGAGGCAGAAACGCCAAUACUUUGGAGACUCAACUCCCGGAGAGUUUCCUUUAGCAGCUAACCCUUCCAUUGUCCUUCAUGUUCUCACUGAAUGUAGAUUGGAUCCUCGUGACCUCGCUAAUCUUGAGGCAACAUGCUCCUUCUUUAGCCAGCCAGCAAACUUUGCCCCUGACUGUAGUUUAUCACUACCCGAGCUCGCCGCUCUCGACAUGUGUAAUAAAAGAAUGAUUUUCAAACCGAUGAGUGAACAAGAACGUGAAGAAAUGAAACGCAGAUGCGGAGGGUCAUGGAAACUAGUCCUUAGGUUUUUGCUGGCUGGCGAAGCGUGUUGUCGAAGAGAGAAGUCUCAAGCCAUUGCUGGUCCUGGUCACAGCAUUGCCGUCACAUCAAAGGGACAGGUUUAUACCUUUGGUCACAAUAACUCUGGUCAGCUAGGACAUGGCCAUACCGAUGAAGAAGCUCGGAUACUACCCAUCAGGUCAUUGCAGGGAACCAGAAUCAUCCAAGCGGCAGCUGGUGCUGGUCGGACAAUGCUGAUAAGCGAUAAUGGGAGUGUUUACGCGUGUGGGAAAGAUUUGUUUGGUGAAGCUGAGUACGGAGGGCAAGGAGGGUCUAGACAAGUUACGACUCCUCAGCUUGUGACAUCUUUAAAGAACAUAUUUGUUGUGCAAGCGGCGAUAGGGAACUUCUUUACUGCUGUUCUGUCGCGAGAAGGGAAGGUUUAUACAUUCUCUUGGGGCAGCGAUGGUAGACUCGGUCAUCAAACCGAGGCUAAUGAUGUUGAGCCACGUCCUUUGUUAGGUUCGUUAGAGAAUGUACCCGUUGUGCAGAUUGCUGCUGGUUAUUGCUACCUUCUUGCCUUGGUUUGUCAACCAAAUGGCAUGUCGGUUUAUUCGGUUGGUUGCGGUUUGGGAGGCAAACUUGGUCAUGGGUUGAAAACCGAUGAGAAGUAUCCUCGGGUUAUCGAGCAGUUUCAGCUACUGAACUUUCAACCUAGGGUAGUUGCAGCUGGUGCUUGGCAUGCAGCGGUGGUAGGUCAAGAUGGAAGAGUGUGUACUUGGGGUUGGGGAAGAUACGGUUGCUUAGGACAUGGUAACGAGGAGGGUGAGUCAGUUCCUAAGGUCGUUGAAGGGCUAAGCCAUGUCAAGGCGGUUCAUGUCGCAACGGGAGACUACACUACUUUUGUGGUCUCGGAAGAUGGAGAUGUGUACUCUUUUGGUUGUGGUGAAUCUGCUAGUCUCGGUCACCAUACAGCCGUUUUUGAACAGCGUGAUCGGCAGGCUAAUGUGUUGAGUCCAGCGGUAGUAACAUCGCUGAAACAAGUGAAAGAGCGGGUGGUUCAGAUUAGUUUAACGAACUCGAUAUACUGGAACGCGCAUACGUUUGCACUCACGGAAUCAGGGAAGUUAUUUGCGUUUGGUGCGGGAGAUAAAGGUCAGCUCGGAGCAGAGCUCGGUCGUGACCAGACAGAGAGGUGUGUACCUGAAAGAGUAAAUAUCGAUCUCAAUUAGCGGUUGCAUUGUUUGUUGGCAGGAAAUUUCGCAGUUUGACGUUAGGAAAACGUAAGGAAAUUGCGUUUUUUAACCUUGUCGGAAGUUUGUACAAAGGGGGUGGGACAUAAGCUAAGGAACUUGUCUUAACAAUUUUAUUGUAUAGGGUUUUACUUUUUAGAUUAUUCUAAUUGUUCAUGGGGUCAUGUAGGGGUGGGCAUUUCGGUUUAGUUUCGGGUUCGGUUUGGUUUGGGUAAUUUGGGUUUUAUAAAACUCAAACCAAUUAAAACCAAAGUAGCUUUGGUUUGGGUUCGGUUUGGGUUUAAUUUGGUUCGGUUCAGUUCGGUUUGGUUUAGAUUUAGUUCGGUUUACAUUAUUAUGGUCUAGUUUUGUUCGGUGUAGUUCGGGUUGGUUAUAAAAUAUGAAGGCAUCAGUUUUAUAC